AGGUAGCACUUACAUUAUUGAUGGGGCAUGGCUGCAGGCAGGCUGCUUGCACAGGGCAGAGCCUGAAUGCACCUGUUUGCUGUUACUCCAGUUGCUUAGAGAUCACAAACAGCCUGCCUUCGCGAUGUGUGGCUGCAAGGCCAGCGUCCCCAGCACAAAGCACUACUCCGUCAAUCCUGCUUCCCCCCAGAAGAGCCCUCCAGCCGCAGCAGGGAUGCCCAAGCGCAUACCUAUAGCCAAGCAGCUGGCAUCAAUAAAAGCUCUAGAAAAAGGCUCAGACCUUGAAAAAGCUGUUGCUACUGCUGCGCUGGUGUAUAACAACGCUGCUGACCCCGAGGGCAAACUCAGCAAAGCUGAAACCAAAAACCUGCUGCAGACCCAGUUCGUGAGUUUCAUACAGGGCCAAGAAAACAAACCAAAAUACCAGGAAGUAAUCUCUUCUCUGGAUGAGGAGACAGAGAACAAAAUUGACUUUGAAGAUUUCAUGAUCUUGCUGGUCAGUCUCACUCUAAUGUCUGACCUGCUGCAGGAGAUCAAAAACAUGAAAACCACCAAAUGACCGGUGCUUUAAAGGAAGAAAUAGCUUUGCACUUUACAAGGAAAGCGGGAGAGAAACACGCGCAGAGAUAACACCGAGUGCCUGAAUCCCCUCUGCUGUCCCCUUUCAUAUGGAAUAAAGUCUUGUCCAAACCCUCCUGACCU